AUGUCCACAGCGUCGACGAGGGCAGAAGAGUCUCCGGUGGGGGGAUUCUCUCUGGCGGCGAUUCCGCCGCCGAGCUCCGCCGUGGAGCGGAGAGGGAGGAGGAAGCCGGCGGCGGAGCUGGGGAGGUUCCUGGGCGUGAGGCGGCGGCCAUGGGGGAGGUACGCGGCGGAGAUAAGGGACCCGUCCACCAAGGAGAGGCACUGGCUGGGUACCUUCGACACGGCCCAAGAAGCCGCCGCCGCCUAUGACCGCGCCGCCCUCGCCAUGAAAGGAACCCAAGCUCGCACCAACUUCGUCUACUCCGGCAACCCUCAGCCGGUGGCGCCGCCGCCCCCCCCGCCCCCGCUCCUCCUCCCCGGGCCGCAAGCGCACUGCGAGCUGCCUCACUUCGUCUGCCAGCCCAACUGCGCCACCUGCUCCAAAGUCCUGUUCGAGCCGGCGGCGCCGCCCGACGACGACGACGGCAACGGCGACGGCUUCUUCCUGCUCUCCGGCGACCGGAAGUCCGGCUACCUAAGCAGCAUAAUCCCCGACGCUUGCCUCCUUGGUGAGAACGGCAGAACGUCGCCGGCGAACCAGCGCCGCCGCCGCACGGCGAGCAGCGGGAGUUCCGCCUCCGCCUCGCCGACCGCCGGCAUGUGUCCGAUGGGUCCUCUCGCCGGUGCAAGUUUGGAUCCCAUGUGGGAAGUAAGCUCGUGGGAGCUCACCGCCAGCCUCGAGAGCUUUUACUCUCCACCCAUCUCCUCCAUGGCUGAUUUACUCACCCUUGGUUACCCUCCGUUCUGA